UCUUAAGUUGAGAACCCUAACUUGAUAUAAUUUUUGUUGAUGGAGCUCAAUCUGAAUGUUAAUAGCAGCUCCUUAAAUCUGUACUUCGCAUCUUCCAUUAAUUCGAAAUUUCAAUUCCUUUUCGUGAAUUCUUAAUCCCUUUUCUCAACCCACAAUCCUCUGUAAAACCCCAGUUCCUUUAACCUCAACAUUGCUUUUCCCAAACUUAGGAAUUAAAUUUGGGAGGCUUUGCGGAAGGCAGGUUUUGAUUCUUGUCUCCGUUUUGCUGAUUAACUUUGCGGAAUUCAUUCAGGCAAACCAAGAUGACCUUUGCAAUCCUCACACUCAAGGAUCUUAAAGAGUUCAUCUAAGCAAGAAGUGGAAGGAACGUAAGUCUUGGAUAAUAUGAGAACUAUCCUUGAGUCUUCAAAAACACCAAAAAAGUUGAGAUAUGGACUUAAACGGUGCUGUUGAGGACAUAAUCCCUUGGGAUGGGACUCUAUCUUCAAGUGAAUUUUUCCUUUCUGCUCGUACAUUUUCUGAGAAGUGGAAAAUGUUCAAUCCUUCCUUUCCUCCAUGGCAGUGGAUCCUGUGUCCUAAACAGCAUUUGGUUGCUUCUCAUAAGGUGGAAGGAUACUUGUCCAUGGAGAACAUGUGCCAUAUCAAAUCAAGUGAGGAAGAAGAUUGUAUUAGAAGUCUGACAUGGAAAGAAGAUAGCAACGAUUUGCAGAGAGAAGAGCCCGUUGAUUGUGGCACUUUAGUAUGUCCAGAGCAUGAAGUAAACCACUAUGAUUUUCAUAUCGUCUACAGUUCUUCAUAUAGAGUUCCAGUCCUGUAUUUUCGUUCAUACCAUAGUGAUGGGCAACUAUUGUCUUUCAAUGAAAUUGAAAAUGAUCUUCCUUGUAACUCUGCAAAGUUACUAUCAGAAUCGAAAUGGACAUUUAUAACUAAUGAGGAACAUCCACAUUUGAACAGACCAUGGUACAAAUUACAUCCAUGUGGGACAAGUGAAUGGAUGAAGCUCCUCUUCGAUGGUGAUUCAUCUUUGAACAGAAACGGUUUUGUUAUUGAACGCUAUCUGGUUUCCUGGUUCUCGGUCAUUGGACAAGUAGUUGGUCUCAAAAUUCCUUUGGAAAUGCUGGAUACGGUAGUUUCUAACGAUUCUUAGACGUUUGUUCAUGCUUGCACAAAAGCAAUAUAAAUGAAAAGAGGACAAAGAAAGUUUAUGCCCACCAUUUACGAUUACUGCUGCAGUUGCCAUUUGUACAUAGCAAUGUUUCUCCAGCAUAAAAUGAAUGGUGAAAUAUAUAUAUUUGUACAUGUUUUUUACUGGUAAAUGAGCUAUGCAAUUGGAGCUAAGAGUCUGCGUUGAAAUUUAAUUGUUUGACUCUGAAUAUAAUAUUGUUUGAUUUACAAUUUGGUACAAUCAAACUAACUUAUUUGCUACGAGGUUUUUUAACGGGUUCUAACUUUUA